CCUAUUUACUACAACGAUGUCUACGAGGUAAAAUUGCCCAAGAAUCACCGAUUUCCAAUGGAAAAGUACGGCAGGGUCCGCCAGCUGGUGCAGCAAUGGCUACAGAAUCUUCCCGUCGACGAACAAGGCGUCGUCAACUACGAAUUUCGAGUUUCUCCUCUCUCAUCGAUUGACGAACUCACGACGACUCACGAUCCAGCGUACGUGCAGCGCUUCUUGACUGGCGAUCAGGACGAGCGCGAACUCCGCAACGUGGGAUUUCCUUGGAGCCAGUCCAACGUCGACCGUUCGCUAAGUUCCACCGGAGGAACCGUCGCAGCCGCCUGCGCUGUCGUACAAGCGCGGCUUCGAGAUCCUUACGGAUUGCAUUGGGGUGCACACGUGGCUGGAGGAACGCACCACGCCUUUUAUGAUCGGGGUGAAGGCUUUUGUGUAUUUUCGGAUAUGGCCGUUGCCGCCAAUGUUGUAAUGAAACGCUACCCUGGUGUCGUUCGCCGGAUCCUAUUCCUAGAUCUGGAUGUCCAUCAAGGGAACGGCAACGCUCUUUUGUUUCGGGACAACGACUCCGUCUUUACUUUUUCGUUGCAUUGUUCGGCAAAUUACUUUUCGGAAAAACAAAACUCGGAUUUGGACAUUGAAUUACCACCAGAGUGUAGCGACGAGACUUACUUGGUCACUCUGAAACACUGGUUAAAUCGGAUCGAACGCGAGGCCGAACCGUUUGAUCUGGUCUUUUUUCAAGCCGGUGUCGACGUUCUGGCCCAGGAUCGGCUAGGCCGAAUGAGUCUGACCCCGGUCGGAGUGCAGCGACGCAAUCAGCUGGUAUACGAGUUUUGUGCGUCGCAGAGUCUACCUUUGGUUAUUUGUAUGGGAGGAGGCUAC